CGCACCUCGUGUCGGUCCGACAGGCGGCGCGGCAGCAUGGCGGGCGCGGGCCCCAAGCGGCGCGCGUCAGCGGCUUCCGCGGCGGUCAAGGAGGAGGAGCAGCAGGCGCGGGAGCGGAUGCUGGCUGCGCAGCGAGCAGAUAGCGCGGAGGGCGCGGGGGGCGCGGGGGGCGAGGGCGUGACCCUACAGCGCAGCAUCACGCUGCUCAACGGCGUGGCGAUCAUCGUGGGGACCAUCAUCGGCUCGGGCAUCUUCGUGACGCCCACGGGCGUGCUCAAGGAGGCCGGCUCGCCAGGACUGGCUCUGGUGGUGUGGGCCGUGUGUGGCGUGCUCUCGAUCGUGGGCGCGCUCUGCUAUGCGGAGCUGGGCACCACCAUCUCCAAGUCGGGCGGCGACUACGCCUAUAUGCUCGAGGUCUACGGCUCGCUGCCCGCCUUCCUCAAGCUCUGGAUCGAGCUGCUCAUCAUCCGGCCCUCCUCGCAGUACAUCGUGGCGCUCGUCUUCGCCACCUACCUGCUCAAGCCGCUCUUCCCCACCUGCCCCGUGCCGGAAGCGGCCGCCAAGCUCGUGGCCUGUCUCUGCGUGCUGCUGCUCACGGCCGUGAACUGUUACAGCGUGAAGGCUGCCACUCGGGUCCAGGAUGCCUUCGCCGCCGCCAAACUCCUAGCGCUGGCUUUGAUCAUUCUGCUGGGUUUCAUCCAGAUUGGCAAGAGUGAUGUGACCAAUCUGGAUCCCAAGUACUCGUUCGAAGGCACCAAGCUGGACGUGGGGAACAUUGUGUUGGCGUUGUACAGCGGUCUCUUUGCCUACGGGGGUUGGAAUUACUUGAAUUUUGUCACAGAGGAGAUGAUCAAUCCUUACAGAAACCUGCCCCUGGCCAUCAUCAUCUCCCUCCCCAUCGUCACCCUGGUGUAUGUGUUGACGAACCUGGCCUACUUCACCACAUUGUCCCCAGAGCAGAUGCUGACAUCGGAGGCCGUGGCCGUGGACUUCGGGAAUUAUCACCUGGGCGUCAUGUCCUGGAUCAUCCCCGUCUUCGUGGGCCUGUCCUGUUUCGGCUCCGUCAACGGGUCCCUCUUCACGUCCUCCAGGCUGUUCUUCGUGGGGUCCAGGGAGGGCCACCUCCCCUCCGUCCUCUCCAUGAUCCACCCGCAGCUCCUCACACCCAUGCCCUCCCUUGUGUUCACGUGCCUCAUGACCCUGCUGUAUGCCUUCUCCAGUGACAUUUUCUCCGUCAUCAACUUCUUCAGCUUCUUCAACUGGCUUUGUGUGGCCCUGGCCAUCAUCGGGAUGCUGUGGCUCCGCUACAAGAGGCCCGAGCUGGAGCGGCCCAUCAAGGUGAACCUGGCCCUCCCUGUCUUCUUCAUCCUGGCCUGCCUGUUCCUGAUCGCUGUCUCCUUCUGGAAGACCCCUGUGGAGUGUGGCAUUGGCUUCGUCAUAAUUCUCAGUGGCCUGCCGGUCUACUUCCUCGGGGUCUGGUGGAAAAACAAGCCCAAGUGGCUCCUCCAGGGAAUCUUUUCCACAACAGUCCUUUGCCAGAAGCUCAUGCAGGUGGUCCCCCAGGAGACAUAAAGGAGAAGAGCCAGGAAGCUGCCGGACAGAAAACGCGCAAAGAUCGUUUUAAAACAACUCACCCACCUAAAAAUCGACUCUGGUCCAUCAUCCAAGGCAGCUCAGCUGAGCGCCCCACACCGUCCCUCCACCAGGUCAGGCGCCGGGGCCACUGUGAAAAACUGGUACGAAUUGAGUCCCAGAAGACGAACUUUUAUCAAUACCUCCUCAAGAGUGUGAGGCGCAAGCGCUGAACUGAGAAGAAGCCGGGGUUUCUGACCAACAACAGACUUUUGCCAUCUUGGGCCCUUCUCCCUUCCCACCUUUUUUUUAUUUGUAUUAUUUUUUUUUUAACUUAAAUGUUGGGUCAAGUCAAUGCCACCAAGAGAAUUAUUUUUUAAAGAAGUCAGGGAGGGCAGGUGGGGGGAGUCUUUGGUCCUGUAACGCUGCCCGCAGCUUCCGAGGGAUCAGGUCCUGUCUCUGGGUGUGACCCCCCCGCAGCACCAGCUUCAGCAGGGUCUCACGGGAGGAGGGAUUCUGAGAGCUGAACACUCCAGCUGCCGAUAAGCUACCGAGACUCAGUCUCAUCUUGUGGACAAUGGACUUGCACUGACAGACACGGGCGCUUGGCUUCUUUAUUUCUUUGUUAUAGAUGUAGUGACAUUGGGAAAACUAACCCUGGGCUUACGUCUCUGCCUUGAAGACCUGAGGCAGAUCCCUCCCUGAUGCCCAGUAAUGAAAGAGAACCUCAGUGAAAUGGCUGCCUUCGGAGAAGUUUGUAGGAGAACAAAGGACGUGGGCUGAGUCUGACACCAGCCCCAGCUCCACAGGAAGAGCCAGUUCCUGUGCCUGGUGUCUGCAGCCAGUGGGGCUCAGAGCAGAGGCCACGGGCAGCUGUUCAAUCCUGGAGCUCCGGCCGGGACGUGCCGAGCGGGGCUGGUUUCUGGCUAGACCCCGGUCAUUCGUGACACCAUGGGGCUCCUGACUUUGUCCAUCCUGCCCUGGACUGCAGCCUGAGCAAAAGCACCAAGGCAGAAGGGUCUGGGCAUCUCCUGUUGGUGGGCAGUGGGCAGCACACCAGGUCUGGCCCUCAGGUGAUGCUGCCUCCUGGCCCAUUCUGCACCCAGUUCAGGAACCAAUUCUAGGUCUCUCAGACAAAGCCUCGGGCUUGAAAUCUUCUAGAAACAGACACGACAAGGAAGGCAGACACUGCGACCUCUAAUGGGCGUCCCAACCGGUUCCCACAACGCAGCCCCUCCCAGGAUCCACAAAAGUGGCCUCCCUGGCUGGAUGGCAGCCCCAGAAUGCUGUCUGGGCCUGGCUGCUGGCUCCUGGCCAAGGCACCACCAGCCCCUCCCACCACCUCUGUGACCUGUCCUGGAAUUGAUUCCAGUCGGAGGAAGACAGAGCCCAGCCCUUUUCAAAACUCCAUCUCUGCACCUGCUCUGGCGGCUGCCCCGACUCUCCAGGAGUCUGAUUUCCAACUCAGCACACCUCCCCUCCUCUCCAGAGAGGCUGUGCAAGCAGGCUUUUGUCCUUGGGGCUCCCGUGGUGUUUGCCCUGAGGGAGCAGCUAAGGCCCAGCUAAUGUGUCCAGCCAUCACAAGCUUUCCUGAGCUGUCACUCCAUCCAGGGAGCCAGUCUGGGGAACAACAUCAGCUAAGGUCAAGUUGUCCUCUAGGGCCCCAUCUUAGGCGCUCGGGGGCUCUGCCUUGGCCUCUGACCACUGACCUUCCCUCGGGAGAUUGAGCUGAGCCCUCAGGCAUCAGGCCUCAUGCUCAGCCACUUGAGCUCCAAAUGGCAGGUCCAUCUUGCCACCACCCACCUGGAUUCUGGGACUUCCACACCAUCUAAUAGACCCAGAGGAACCUGACACAUAGCUUGGGGGACCUGGGCUGGGCCGUGAGGGUGAAAAGGGCUCAGCCAGAUGUCCACCUCCUCCCCUGCUGGGAGGAGGCAGGGCCGGCCAGGAGGCCCGUGCCAUCAAUGGCUCCUGAUGCGUGAGGACAGACCACCAUAGAAGUCGCCUUGCAUGAACUCCAUCCUCGUGGGGCUAUAGUCCACUCAUCUGGGGUGGAACUCGACGUCUGAAGGCAGAAGGUUCCCAAGGAAGUCAAAAGACCUGACUGUAGACUUUCUGUGUUGGGCAGAGCCCCUGCCCUGGGCCUCAGUUUUCUAAUCUGCAAAUGGGGGCAGUAGCCGGUGCAUCACCUGCCUUAUGGGUUUGUGCACAUCCAGGAGACUGUGGACCUCAUAGUGACCAUAGCCCUGUGCAUAGAUGGCAGAACGCUGCCUGGGGUACACUGCCUUUCCACAGGGGUCCAGCGUCGUCUGAGCAGAAUGUCAGCUUCCUCCAUAAGGGGCAGUGGGCACUUGGGCAGCUGUCCUGGUUCAAACCUCUGGCUCUGGGAGGAUAGAUACAGCCUUUCGGGAUACAGGGAGCCAGGUGACCCUAUCCAGACCACAGUGGCCUCCCCACAGUAGCCUGCUUCAGCAGCCUGAAGACAGCUGUGAGGACCCACAGUGUCCAUCAUGAAGAAUUGGGGCAGUGUCACCCCUGCAGGGGUAGACUGGGGUCCCAGGGUUCCCUUUUCACACAGGCAGAGGCUGGAGAGGGUGCUGAGAGGUCAAAGGCAGUUCCCUAGCAUUUGGGCUGGGACCUCUGCUGUGAAGAUGGGUUGGGGGGCCCAAUCUAUAAUUCUUGGAGCUGUGUUCCCCAGUCCAGCCCAGUCCCUGAACCCUCCCCAGAAGGCAAGGAUUGUGUCCUGAGGUGCCAAAUCAUGUCUGCCUGCUGAGUGGGUCCACCUGUGGCCGCGAGGCCCUGCCCAUCUGCAGACACCCUGGGGCCCUGCCACGUUGGCGUCUGGGGAGGCAGAGACUUAACUCUUUCUGACCACUCUACUGACAAGUGUCCCGAGCGUUCACAUUUAUGGAGAUUAAUUUUUUUUAACCAAGUCCUGGCAUAUAACCAGCAAUCAUUUGUUCAGUCGCUCUGCUGUUCUAUUUUGUCCUAACGUCUCACUAAUCAUGUAAAGGAUGCUGUUGGCACUGUGUUUAUUUAUUUGCAGGGUCGGUUCAGCCUGGCUUCUCCAGAGCAUUUUCACUGUCCUUGCAUCCCUGUCGGUGUUCCCAGCCACGUCCUUGCUGCCACUGUGGCAUUGUCGUCAGCCUGGCUAAAACACCUCCGCCUUGUAAUGAUGUGUGUGGCUUCAAUGUCUCUUUCUCGUCUCCUGUUAAUGGCUAACCUGUUACAUUUGGCUGGUUCAGGGUGGGGGGAGUUCUGUUUUUUUGUGUGGGUUUUGUUUUGUUUUGUUUUUAAAGAAAAUAACGAUCAGAAUUAUAAGUA